CGGCUCUGCACGGAAUGCAGGAGCCGAGAGAGGCCUGCCGGCUUUAGCGGGGGCUGCAGCAGGAGCCGUGGGCUCCGUGCCACGCACGGAUGGAUUCCUGCGGGAGCAUGAUUGCUGUAUGCACUGAUACUGAUCCAGUGGUGAGCUUCCUGUUUCCACUGGAGCAGAAUUUCCCAACAGAAGAAGAGGACAUCACCAGAGGCACUCCAGACGUGUAAUGUCCCUUAUUCAGCAAAUCAGAUGAACAGGACUGCUGUCUUAAAUCUUAGCUUUGAAACAACACUAUAGAGCAUGAUAUCCUUCCUAUGACUAGAAUUGUGCAAAGGAACAUGUCUGUAUGAAUUAAUAUACAGAACAAAGCCUUGGGAGGGGAAUCACUACAGCUCCUGAUAUCAAUGCAGACUAACAAUUAAACCCUAGGUCCUCAGUAGCUUCUGGACAGUUGUAAUCAGGACAAUAAUACCAAUGGAGAGGGUAAUGCUGCAGGUGAGGUGUAAAUAGAUGAAAGAGACAGCAUGUGAUGAGAGACACAAAUGGAGAAGACAGAAAAACUGGAAGAAAACUGAAGAAGGGACAGGAAGAGGUUUGUGAACAGACAGCUUUCCAGAAGCAAGCCUUUGUUCUCCUAUGGACAGUUGAAGAACAAUGGCUUCCUUCAGCAACCUGACUGUUGGCAUUGCUCUUGCCAGUUUUACUGUAUUUCAGCUCCUGUUCCACGUUGUAAGUUCUUGGGUGUCAACACGAAUAACACCUGGUUUUCACAAUCUCAGCCAAAAAAGGAAGAUCGAAUGGAAUUCAAGGACAGUGUCCACAUUCCACGCCUUGGUGGUUGGAGGAUUUUGCCUUUACAUUUUAUUGUAUGAUGAUGCUGUUAAUGCUGACCAUCUCUGGGGUGACCCUUCAAUUGUGAAGCUGAAUAUUGCUAUUACCACAGGCUACCUCAUUUCUGAUCUGUUGCUUAUUAUUUACUACUGGAAGGCAAUUGGUGACAAAUAUUUUGUAAUACAUCACUUGGCAGCUCUGUAUGCUUACUAUUUUGUACUGAGCAAAGGUCUGCUGGCUUAUUUUGGGAACUUCCGUCUCCUUGCAGAGUUCUCCACUCCUUUUGUCAAUCAGCGGUGGUUUUUUGAAGUACUGGGAUAUCCCAAAUCUUCAAAGGCCAACAUCAUCAAUGGUGUGCUGAUGACAGUUGUGUUCUUCGUGGUGAGGAUUGCUGUCAUGCCUGUGUAUUACAGCCACGUCAUCUCUUCAUUUGGAACAGAGGGCUUCCAGAGAUUAGGAUUUGCAGCCCAGAGCGCCUGGAUGAUCUCAAGUGUUGUCUUGGAUAUUAUGAAUGUGAUGUGGAUGGUCAAAAUUGCAAAAGGAUGCUACAAGGUCAUUUGUCUUAUUGGACAGGAGGAGGCGAAAACUCAUAGAAAUGGAAAAUCUGCCUAGAAAUCAUACAUAAAUGAAAUUUCUGCUAUGAAAAUAAUUUGGGUUCACUGAAACAGUGCACAUUUCUGCCAUGGAAUGCUCCUAUUAUGGAAACAAGGUAUUACCUCUGUACUGACCUUACUCUUUCCCUAGCCACACUGCCUGCACGCCCAGGGCCACGCUUUGCGGAUCCUGUCCAGUGAGGAAUAAAAGCAAAAGCUCACACAGAUGAGCUCCACAUGCCUGUUGUAAGCAGUUGCAAGCAUCAGAAAUUAGAAAGGAGCAGACUGGUUACUGCUUAUUGUCCACCAGUGUGUUCAAAGUGUUUCUCUCAGGUUUCUCUGAUUAAAAUGUUUUAUAAAUCCAGUGAAAACUGACAUAUCUGUUUUUUUAGAAAAUGAAAAAUUCCCCGAACUCCUGAUAUGGUGCAAUUUUCCAGGCACGUUUCUAUGUUUUCUUCUAGGAAUAACAAUCAAGAUUUCAUUCUUGACAACUUUUUAAUUUUUGCAAGAAAAGCUAAAAAUUUGGCUUUGAUUCUAUGAAGUAUUUUACUGCUUUUUGUUCUGCCUUAUAUGAAUGCAAACCAUUUUGGGAAAUUUUGAAAUAAUUUUAUCUAAAAUGCUGUAUUAUAACACCACGUGAUAUCUUAAGAGCUGUUAAAAUUCUCCCAUUGAUGGGAAGGAUUCCCAUGUGCUGUCCUAGAUUAUAUGCAAUAGUACAUCUUCUAAAUUCCCCAUGGAACAUUUUUUGUAAGUUAAUAUGGUAGAUGAUGUGUGGAAAUGGCAUAGUUCUUACUGAAGUGCUCUUUCCUUUGCUGCUACUACCUUUGAGAAGUGCUGUAGUUCUUCUCAGAGUAUUUUUAACCAUUGGCUAUUUGGAUUCAAAGUUUAAUUGCAAAGAUAUAAAAAUCUUCUGUAUAUGUGAUGGGUAACUUUAAGUAAUACUUUUUUCUUUUAUCACAAAAAUGACCUGUUUGAUAUGAAUUGUUGAGGGUUUUUGUCACAUUUUCCAUGUUAAUGAAGUCAGAAAUCCGAGGUGUGACUAAGAACACUCUUGAAUUAACUGUGCCAAACUCUUCUAAAACUGUAUGGUAAUUCUGUAGAAGGAACAGUUGACCUCUGUAGACACAGGUUUUUUUUGUUUGUUUGUUUGUUUUAAACUACACAUUUGUCAGUUACUCUGUCUGUGAACUUGAAGGCUUGGAGGUCAUCAGAGAGGAAUCUCACCAUCUAGGAAUAGUCCUAAAUCUCAUUUGUAAUACAGUUUGAGGAAAUUCUGAGUCAUGUUUUAUUUAAAAUUAUUUUGAGAGCUAUAUUUGUGUAAAUUUGUUUUGUUUUACUUCUUUUAUCCAGAAUUGUGACUGAUUACCUUGUGGUUUUUUCCCUUGGUGUAGGUGUGGUAAAAGUGUCCAUUUUCACUGCGACUUCAGUGAACACCUGAUUAUUGUAGCAAUCUGAUAAAGCAAUUUAUUUUUAAACAGAAAAGUAGCAUAUUUACCCUGUGUAGGGUGAUUAGUCCUGUUCCCUCUGACAAAGCUGGGUGACAUGAACUCUCCCCUCCGUAGUCAGAGGUGCCAGUGCCCCGUGCAGUCCUCCCUGGUGAGGGACUAGGUCCUCCCCUCAUCCAGAAAUUGCAUGUCAGACCCAGGAGAACUUCAUAGGCUGAAAUGCCUCCCAGCCAAGGCAGCUGCAAUGAGUUUAGUUCCCCAGCUGAAAUGCUGUCUGGGAGUAUUGUUUGGACCUGUGUAAAAUGCACUUUUGAAAGCCUAGUUCCAUUGCUCAGCUUGGCAGGCUUUUUUCUGAAAGUUUCCCAAUCCUGCCUUGUUGAGGGAGAUAGCAAGGAUUGCCAGUACUUGUGGAUUUGGAUCCUGUGGUUAUGAACACUUCACAGCCCAAGGAGAAAAGAUCUGUUUAUGCCUUGGGAGAGUUAACAAUUCAUCUCUUGAGCUGUAUGAUCUGAGCGAGUGCAGUGCCUCCUUUGGGCACCAGUAAAUCCACAGAGCUCAAAGCAAUAGACUCUCUUUUAUGCUCAUUUGCAGAACCUGGUAUCUUUUAAAAUGUGAUUUCAGUAUACCUGAUGCAAAAUACUCUUUUCUUCACUUUUUACAUCACUAGAUCCCUGUGAUUAAUAGUUUUGUAAAAGCUUGUUCCUUUCUAAAAUUGAGUAAAUUCAAACGUUUUGGAGAAGUAUGCUUAAAAAUAGAAAUCUGCUUUUCUUUUUAGGGAAGUAGAAUGAAAAAUUGAUAAGAUGAUUUGGAGAAACUCGUAGGGUGAUAAUUCAUGAAAAGUUUCUGAAAUUUAUAAUUUCUUACAUUGAUUUUAAUAUUUCAGUAUUUUAAAUAUUUUGUUGUCAGUGGAGGCCAUUCAUUAAAAUGGUCUACUUCUUCCAUUUCUAGAUAGACUUGUAUUUGAUAGGGAGAAAAAAAAGUAAGUCAAGCUAUAACAAAAUUGAUGUUAAAACUAGAUUUAGAAACAAAAAACAAUCCAAAACUCUGCAUACUACACUUUAGCCAACAGUCCAGGAUUGAAGGGUAGUGGGAUAAUUCUUUUAGAACAGCUAGUAUUUUGGAUUGCUGCACAAAAUUAGUGUAAUUAAAAAUCUAUUUUGCAAUGCAUUAGCUCUAAAUUUUAUAUUUUUUUAAAAGUUAUUACAGUUAUGUCCUGAUGCAUCAGAAGAAAAUUUUCUUAUUAAAAAACCUAUUAACAGCUGUGGUUUCAGCAAAGACUUUAGUAAACAGGCAGCAAAGUUGUGAUGUACUGAAUACAGCAGUAUAUAGGGCACUUUUUACCUGCCAUUAAGAGCUUAUAAUACAGCAAAUUAGAUAGCUGUGGCACCCAUUUUUAAUUGCACUUUAUUAAUUUUAAAAAUGUGGUGAAAUAUUGCUAAAAUUUAAUGUUGUAGGCUUGUGUCUUUGCUUUUUUAUGCAAAAAAGUAAAUGCAUGGUAAUUAGCAUCAUAACAAAUGCUUUUGAAUGUAAUAUCUUAUUAGUGGCUUAAAACUUCUAUUUUUAACAGAUGCAUUGUAAAAGCAGACUCUUGGCAUGUCACCAGGUGUCUUUUCUGUGGGCAUAUCAAAUGGAAGGGAGAGACUCUUGUAAAAAAUAGCUUGGUUUUCUUUUCUUUUCCAUUCUUCAAUACCAGGUGACAAUAAUGUGCUGAUCAUGGGACAGACUAUUGGUACCGGUUAGGCUGUAUGUAGAAAUGCAAGUUUCCCUUUUUUAUGGCUUUAAUUUUUCAUCAAAAGAUGAGUAAAUACCACUUUCAGAACUCUACAGGAGAAUGGUAGGUUUGGUGGUCUGUUAGUGAUUUGUGGAAUCAAUGCUUGCUGAGAGGAAGUAUACUUCAAAUACUCAUUUUCUCAGAGAGUGUUUCAGUGGAUUUCAGUGGAUGCUGUAUGGGUUACUUGUGUGAAUUCUUCAGUGGUAAGAAUUACAUCUCUGAAGCCUACUCUACUUCUAUAAAUACAUGCUAUCUUGAGUGAGCUCCAUAAUUUAAUAACUUAAUUGCUUAAAAAAUAUAAUCCAUUGAAUAAUGAAAUAUAUGCACAGGAAGAUGAGGGAGGCUGGCUUCAUAUAUAAAUUCUUAACAAUUCCAAGUUAUGUACUAAAGUUUAUUAAAAGUUAAAUUAGUUAGUGUUUGGAAGAGAAUUACUUCCAUCUUUGCUUCAAAUAUUGUCAGCAGACAGAUACAUAGCAGAAAGGUUUAGGUGUUUGUGUCUCUGUUUGCGAUGGAAAAUGAAAUUUUAUUCUUUAGAAUUUUCAGGCUGGAUAAAAUGGAAUACCAGUUGUUGAUUAUUGUAUGAAGAGGUCUUUUUUUCAUGACCUUGUGUGUGUUUAAGCAUAUGUAUGUACAAGCUUUAUGUAAAAGACCAUUUAAUAGAGAAGUCUGAAAAUUUGUUUUGUGAUGCUUCUGCUGAGCCAGUCAGGAAAAUAAAGGGCUGCUUGACAAUUACUCCAGCUUAGGGUCUGGUGUGCUGUUGGCUGCUGCUGAAAGCCAUCAAUGAAGCAAAUAGAAAGGGACUAGAAUUUUCAGCUGAAAAAGUGCAAGUGUAGAAGACUUUGAAAACUAUUGCAAGCCCCUUUCAUAUUUUAAUACCCUACUGUACAACAGCAUUAUCUGGCUACAAGGAACUCCAUGAGGGAAAGUUUGUUCCUGGUCAGAUUUCUCUGUCUACGGAAUACAGGCAGAAAAAGAACGGUACUUCAUUGCUGAUACCCUGAUUGAUGGCAGCCAGGUGGAAAUAGUGAUAAUAUUUGUGAACUUUUAACCUUCAUCCAAACCUGGAUAAAAUCUCUGUUAGGUGAAGUUCUUAGGAUUUUCUGAAAGCAACUUGAAAGUUGUUUUUAUGGCAGAGAAGAUGAAAUACGUGCUGCCUGGGUUGUUUAGAGAUCUGGGAUAAAACAUCAAGUCAUACUUUUAGAUGGUAACACCUGGUAAAGUUUCUUAUCCAUUUAAAAUUCCUAUUAGCUACCUCCUUUCAAAGUCUUGUUCUAUUUAUAAUAACCAAGCACUUUAUAGCUCAGUAAAGAAUGGAAGGUAGCUAUGAAGACUAAAUCAUAUUGUUUGGUAUAAGAAAUAUUUUGGCAAAAUUUCUUCUGAGAACACUUUCAUUGUGUGAUGUCCUGCACUGAGAGGACAUCUGUUUAGUACGAAGUAUAUACAUUUUAAACCUAGUUGUGAGUAAAAGAAGUGUCUGUAAGAGAGUGAAGUACGAAGAGAUCAGCAUGCCUUGGUAUCAACCACAUAAUGAUUCAGUGUGCUAUUGGUAACUUCCUACUUACUGAAAUUGAAAAUAUAAAAGCAAAUAAAAUAUUCUGUAUUGUAUCUUUAAUCUAUGUGUGGGAUGUCAAACAUUGUACUUGUCUUGUGGACAGGACGUGCUUUUAUGAGCCUAUAAAUAUUUAAGUAUAUGAGAAUCUGCACCCAAAUGGAAUAUGUUGCAUGUAAAUUGUCUUCUAAGUUUUUAAAUUUUGGUAUUUUUAAAAAUUUGCUAGGUUUGAAAGCAACAUUUAAAUAUGAAUACUAAGCUGUAAUACAGAAUACAAAAUUUUGAAUGCAAUGUGGUUUUGUUUAUAGUAAUCCUAUUCCAGUUUCACAAGAAACAUCAAAUCAUAGGGGGAAGGGAGGAAAAGGGCUAAUCAUGAGCUCGGCUAUAUAAUUUGCACACUUAAUAUGCACACAUCCAAAUGUCCUGGAUUUGUUUCUAGCAUGCAUUUACCAAACAGUGUUUUCUUCAGUAUUGACAGAUACCUAUUUAUGUAGAAUAAGCACAGCUAACCUGUUAUAAAAUCAAAUUACAAAACCUUUUUGGAACAAAUGAGUUACAAGUUAGACAUAAGUAAUGGAGCUGUAAUUCGAAAAUGUUUAUAUAAUCUAUCCAAGAAGAAACUUGAUGAGUUUAUCUAAGUUAUGUGCAGAGCAAGGAUGAAAACUGUAGAUUCUGCUAGACUGAUUUCUGGUAAAUUUUGACAAUCUGUUUUGCAGUAAAUUCUAAUACUGUCACAAAAUGUCAGGAUCACAUUAUUAAAUUCAACUAGUAAUGUGACCUGAUUGGAGUAGCAAUCCUUAUCAUGGCACAAGAACUUAAACAUGCACUAUAACAAUUCUGAAGAUUGGUGAUAAAAGUAAUCCAUCAUAGCAAAGUGAAUUAUUAAGUAUUAUGGGUUUAAAUUUACUUUUUAUUACAAGAAAGCAUCUAAAUUAUUUUGUUAGCAUUUCAGUGAUAUUGUAAAGCAUUUCUGUAUUUUGUUUGAACAGUUUAGGAGCUUGCAUAAAAUUAUAUUGGCUGAUUUUUUUUUUCCCUUUGAUAUAUGCAAUAAUGUCAAUAAGCAAUAAAUGCAUGUUGUAUGCAAAGUAUUGGUACAUCAUAAUAAAGGAAAGGAACACA